CGCACGUGUGUCGAGCACUGCAACAGUAGUCGCUUAGUAUACCCCAUUUCCGCUGAACGAUUGGAGAUUGAUAUCGUCUGCAUGGCAAGUUACUGUGAUAUGCGUACUGGGGGCGAUCGACUAAACGGCGUCGUGGCACCGCGGCGCAAUGCAGUUUGCCUUCAGCCUUGCCGCAUCUUGACCAUCACCUUCUACUCAUAGAACAUGGAUCUCCAUUCAACUUGGAGUAGCAGCAGUCCGAUGAUGAAUAGAACGCAUCUUCCAGCAGUACGGAACAAAUAUGGCUAACCAGCAACAUACUUCGUCUACCUUGGAUCCUUAUGCACGGCCUUAUGUUCCCCACAGCCUGAGAGCCGUCAACGAAGCGUCAAAUCAGCACAUUAUCCCAUCUCUACCAGUAAGGUGGAUCGACUUUGCAGAAUAUGUACGCUCGUUUGCAGGUUCGGCCUUUUUGCAACCGGACCCUCCGCCGCCAGAGCUGCCCAACGCUGCUCCAGUAGGCCACAAACUCGAACCUUCUAACUACCAUGGCUUCUUCCGGGAGGCUUUGGUCCACGAAGCAGCGGCCCUUCGGAUACAGUGCGACGAUCAUGCGCUCUACAAGGUUCCGAUUCAACCAGCAGCAAGGGAUCCGCGCCCAUGCAUGUAUUCUCUGGUUGUGCCCGGCUUAAGAGAGCUUAGCCUAGCUGUCGAACUCGGGGAUGUCGUACAAUUGCGGCAAUUGCAUCUUGACCUGCGUGGCGAGGUUUUGAGCGGGCCGAUGGCAACGUAUCGGAACGGACAUUCACUAGCUGACGAGUCUCCGAUGAUCUUCCGCCACGAUGCAGUCAUAUGGGCUAUCGAUAGCCUCAAUGGAAUACUGACCCUGCGGGUGGAUGGAUUAUACCAUAUGUCGAUGCAAUUUAAUGUCUGCUUUACUAUACAGGUUGGCCGUAUCGGAGCCAUGUACAGAGCUAUCACCACCUUAGAGCAGGCUUUGACCUUUAGUGGCGGAGCGUGCUGGACAAGGUCGAUGCUGUUCCCUGACGAAACGGACGGUGUGCUGCAAAACACUCUGAACAAAGGCACCAUUCGAUGGGAGGGACGAGACAAGCAGCUCAACUACGAGCAGAUUCGAGCCGUAGACACGGUGCUGCUGCAAAAGUAUGGCGACAUUCCGUACCUUGUCUCUGGUCCUCCCGGCACUGGCAAAACAAAGACUAUGGUUGAGCUAGCUCUGCAAUUAAUCGCCGAACAUGAAAGCUCGCACGUUAUUGUCUGCGCGCCCUCCGAUCCAGCAGCCGACACACUAACGCUGAGGUUGCGCAUCCACCUUGUGCCGAAGCAACUCUUACGACUCAAUGCACCUUCGCGGAGCUUCCCAGAAGUACCUCAAACCAUUCUACCCUACUGCCAUGUGGAUGAGGACAUGUUCUCUCUGCCGCCGUUUCAGCAAUUAAUGCGUUACCGUAUCGUAGUAGUGACCUGCCGUGACGCGGAGAUACUGGUGCGAGCUCGCCUUUCCAAUGCAGACUUGGUUGGCCUGGAACAAGGUGUCUCUUCUGCUUUACAUCCAGAGAACGCCGUACUAAUCCCACCGCUUCACUGGACUGGCUUGCUAAUUGAUGAAGCUGCGCAAGCGACGGAGCCAGAGGCUUGCAUUGCAUUGACUGUAGUUGCACCGCCUGAAGGGUACGAGCAGACCAACCUACCGUUACCGCUGGUGGUGAUGGCUGGAGAUCAGAACCAGCUCGGCCCACGUACGGCGUCAAAGAUUCCAGCUUUGCAAACGUCGCUCUUCGAGCGCCUACUGGCACGGCCGCUGUACCGAGAUCACCCACUCGCGCGAUCAAAGCAGACGGGCGGUGUUAUGCGGCCCCUAACGCAACAGAUGCUCCCAAUAGUGCGCGCACCAUUCGCCAAUCUAAUCAGAAACUAUCGUUCCCACCCAGCCAUCCUCGCCACACCCUCCUCGCUAUUUUAUCAUGACACUCUCGAGCCAGAAGCUACCGACACCGAUCGCCUACUCUCGUGGAACAGCUGGGAAGGGCGCGGCUGGCCCGUACUAUUUGCCUGCAACACUGGCGCCGAUGACAUCGAAGGCGACGGAGGAGGAUGGUACAAUAGAGCUGAGGCCAAUAUGGCUUGUCAGUUCGCCUACUCCUUCCUCCAAUCCGGUCUGAUAGAGCCGAGAGACAUAUGCAUCAUGAGUCCCUUCCGCGCUCAAGUCAAGCUCAUCCGCCGCGUCGCUCGCGGCGCAAGGUUCAGGAUGCACGGCGUCAGUAUAGGACCGCUCGAGGCGUUUCAGGGCCUGGAGUCGAGGCUCGUCAUCAUAUGCACAACGAGGACGAGAGAUCGCUUCAUUGAACAAGAUCUGGCGAAGGGUUUGGGGGUGAUACGCGAGCCAAAGCGGUUCAAUGUUGCGUUGACGAGGGCUAAAGAGGGUUUGAUUGUUAUUGGCAACCCAAUUGUGUUAAGGCAGGAUGAGUACUGGCGCAAUUUCUUAGCCUUUUGCCAGCGUAAUGGACUGUGGAAAAGCGAUGCAUUGGGAGAGCAGGCAGGAAGUGCGAAGAGCAUGGGUGACGAUGACGCUGCGGACUUCGUGGUCAGCAGGCUCGAGCGUCAGCUUCUGCACCAAGACGAGCUGCAAGCGGACUCAGCUAUUGAGGCCGCUAAUGGGAUGAGAAAGCUGAAUGUGUAUGAUCCGGAACGGGAGGCGUGGGAGGCCGGUUUAGACGCGGAGCUAUACGUGCAGGAGAUAGAAGAGCUGAUCGACGGCGAGUCUUGACCGUAAAAGCGUCUUGCUUAAUUACUCGGAGUGGACUUCCAAAUACCACCAUCAGCAAUGCAAGGGAGCGACGAUGUGAUUGCACUGCCGAGCCGCGAUAUACGCAGAUGCGCGAGAGCUGCAAGUUUGAACAGUUCGCUCAGUAGCCCUCGAAUGACUGCUACAGCCAUACAAAGCAUCCAUCUGACCAUACCAACCCCAAUAGGAAACGUCAUUCGUCGACUUGACUCAGCUCUUCCGCCUCUCCGGCAUCCUGUGCAUUGCCCUCUGCCACCUUGGCCUUCCCCUUCCCCUUCCCAUCCAUAGCAGCCUUGACCUCGACUUUAGCCUUAGCCUCGGUCUCAACGCCCACCCCAGCCUCAGCUGUAUCCUCAUUACUGACCUUCCGCCUCUUCCCAUCGCCCGCCAGCUUCUUCUCAGCGUACUCCACGAUCUGUGGUCCGACGUCCGUAUACUGCACCUCCCGGUGCUGUUUGCGCAGGAUCU